CACUCCACUCAUCCUCGCAUCAAAACUUUAAAUAUUUAACUCAUAUUUAACUAUUAUAAACUAUUAUAUAAAAUAUAACUAUUAUAACUAUUGAUAUUUUUAACUCAUAAACUACCCGCCCAAAAUCGAUUUUUUUUGAUCAACGAAAGUAUUUUAUUAUUAUAAUCGAAACUACCUGCAAAAGAAUUGUCAGAAAAUACUUAUAAAAUAUAAAUAAAGCAACAAUUAUGGUGAUGUGUGUUGGAUAUAGAGGUUAUUUGUAAACCCUCCAUGCCUGCAGAAACAAAAUCAUAACUUUACUACAUAACUACACCCGUACUGCUUGAGCAAUAAUACCUACCUUAAGGUUUAUCUCAUCUAUAUAAAAUAUAAAGUAUCUAUUUUACUCACUCUCACCAUUAAGAAAAUGUUUGAAUAAAACAUUAUUGAUGGUUCAGUGUACAUAAAGACUAUUAAAUCUUUCCAUUUUUCGUUCGUACGACGACUAUCCAAAUAUCUGCUAUCAUUUGAAGUCACUGAACUAUAACCUUCAAACAAUAAUGAGGACAUCGUUAUAUUUAGCGAAUUUUUAUUGUCGACUGUUGGCUGUGGCGAUCGUUGACUUUGAUUCUCCUCAUUAUUGUUUUCAUCUGCAGAUAGUGGUUGUACGACAUGAGCAGAUGAGGUCCUUUUUCUUUUAACUCUUCUAUUGAGUUCUACUUCUUCUAAUGGGUGUAAGCUUGUUCGUCUUUGACUGAUAGCGUCGGAUGAUUGCGGAUUUGUGUUUGGCAAAUCAUCUGGAUUCUGUGAAACUAAAAAAUAAAAAAUAAAAAUAUAUAAAUGUUUUGGAUACCGUUGAAUUUUCUAAUUACUUUUUCAAGUAAUCUUUAGUUUGAAUUUAUGUACGAAAUUGGAGGGGCUGGCGAGGGGGCUGAACUGUUGAGCCCCCCUCCUUGGCGUUGAGCCUGCAGACGCUGUAGUAUACUGUAUACCUAAUAGUACCUAUCAAAAUAUGGAUAGUAAAUAGAUGUCAAUAAAAAAGUGGAAAAAUAUUUCAAAUCAAAGUGGAAAACCUAAUUAGAAUUCACAGGAUUAUUUUUUAUAUUAAAACUAUUUUAAGUCCGUAUGUCUUGAACAUUGAAUUCAAUUCUACAUUUCUACAUAACUACACAAUACGAGUACCGGAGUACAUCUAUAUACGACUGUACGAGUAUGUUAUAUAAUAUACAUUUACGUUACCUAAACUGCGUUAUAAGUAUGUAUAUAUUAUAAAUAGUAUAUUUUACGCAAUAAACAAAAAAUGUAUUAUAUUAUUGGCAGCUACAAUUAGUACAAUACAAUUCAGUCUAGAUGCAAGCUAAUGAUAUACAUAAAAUACUAUAUCAUGCAGUUGGUAAAUGACACUUGUUUAAAUACUCAAAACAGAGGAACGUGUCACGCGAUAACACUUUUUUGUGUUAUAUUGCUUAUCGUUAUUGUAAUAAACAAUACUCUGUUUUAUUUUAUACUUUAGAAAAUUACCUAGUAUUUACCAUUUUUGAAAUAUUUUAAUUAUAUUUAUGUAUAGUCAAUAAAUUAUCUUAUAUUUAUCUAUAUCACCGGAUUAUUAUAACCAUGUUGAAUAAAGCGUCAUUAGCAAUCAAAUACUUGUUAUUUGUCUUCAAUUUGAUAAUAUUUUUGAGUGGAAUUUUACUUUUAUCGGUUGGAUUAUCAAUUCGCAACGUUUACAAUCAAUAUGAGCAAUUUUUAACAGAGCACUAUUUUACUGUGCCGUCUUUAUUAAUUAUAGUAGGUAUCACUGUUCUAACAGUAUCAUUCUUUGGAUGUUGUGGUACAUUAAAGGAAAACAAUUGUAUGAUGAUUACCUUCGGAUUUCUUUUAGCAUCGUGUUUUAUAAUGGAAAUCGUAGGUGGUUUAGCUGGUUUUAUAUUAUUGGAAAAAACUCAUUCUGUAGUAACUUCAAAACUACACGAAACUAUGAUGUUUUAUAACAAAACCACGCACAUAACACAUAUAUGGGAUGGACUUCAAACAUCUUUACAUUGUUGUGGAGCUGAGAAAUUGGAUGACUGGUAUCCCAUACUUAAAGACAAAUUACCCAUGUCUUGUUGUGGAUCAUAUGAUGGAGUAAUAAAUCAUCAAAAUUGUACUGCAUCUGAACCCACUAUUUACCAGCAACCAUGUUAUGUAUCAUUGUCAAAAAUUGUAAAAGAAAAUGCCAGUACGUUGAGUGGUGUUACUAUAGGAAUAGCGUUUCUGCAGUUGGUGGGUAUAAUGCUGUCAUGCUCAUUAUCGAAAUCUAUUCAAAAAAGUUAUAAACAAGUUUGAAAUCUUAUUGUGUACUUUCAAAAUAUUUACUUUUAAUUAAUGUAGCUUUUUUUUUUUUAUAAAAUUAUGAAGACGUAAAUAAUAUGUAUGUUAGAAAUUAUUAUUUAUUUAUUUAUAUACCAAAGAUAUAAACUAAUAAUACAUUUAAAUGUGUUUUAUGUAUAAAGUUUUUAAAAAUAAUAAAUGUACUUAUUAAAUAAGUGGCGCUGAUCACUAUAUCUAUAA